UUAUGUUUAAAGGGUUUUAUAUUUGUUACCUGUUUAAUGUAUUAAAUUCAAUAAAAUAUAUUUAUUUUACUUGCAAUGUCAUUUAACGUAAAUUUAUUUUACUUUGUUUUUGUUUCGUUUAUAAGCUAUAUUUUUGGAGCGCCACAACAGCCAAAAAUAAACGAUCAAUAUGAAAAUACAACUAAACCAGAUUCUAUCGAAAACAAUACAAAGACACAUAAUGUCGAAGAUAAUGAAAUAAUAAAUGAUGUAAAAUUUAUUGAAAGCAAUACCACAGAAGUAGAGAAACCACAAGCUUUUGUAACUAAAUUAUAUACCACAAUAAUGAUUCCAAUAAGGAAAUUUAUGUCAACACCUAAAAUAAAUACUGUAGUAAGAAAUAUAGGAACCUGUAUUGUAAAUGGAGCUAUGGAGAUAAUGUCUUAUUAUUUUCCAACACCACUAAUGCCUUUAAUAGCAACUGCUGCAGGUAUGGUGAUUCCUUUUGAGCCUGUAGUAAUAUUAAGGGAGAAAAUGCCAGUAAUUAGUUACAGAAGAGCUAUUAAAUCAGCAGUGAAUGGUUUUAUGAAUACAUUCAAUGAAUACAAAGUUGACGAAGAAAACAAUGAUCCUUACAUGACAAGAAGAUUCAAUAGGAGGUUCAAGAACGGAGAUGAUAAGAAAAAAUUGGAAAAUGAAUAUCGAUAAAUUGAUACAUUUAAAAUAACUGACUUUCAUAAAUUAUUAUUCGUCAAUGUAAAAAAAGGAACUACAAAUAUUUACUGAAA